AUGUUUCCUCGGUGGACUCUGCCCUAUCAAAGGGUUCACACGGACGACUCAACCACGAGCCCAAGCUCAGACGAAAAACAUACUAGAGACGUUGACGGCCUAGCAGAGAGCCAACCUGACAAUCCCCAGAGAUCCCGGUAUCUUGCACCCUUAUUCCGAAACAUCGCCUAUGCCGCGGUGGCAAUCUGCAUUUUCACCAUGCUGAUAUCCCUCGGUCUAUACGGAGUUCUCACUCAAAAGGACAGAAAAUCGAAAAACAGCCCAUCUCGACCUUGUGGAAACUCCUCAUCAGAAGCCAUGUCUCUAGGAUGCACUUUCGACCAUCUAACUUGGUCAUGGUAUCCGCCCAACUGCCCACACUACGCGAACGACGAGUUUAUCCAUGCCGAACACUGGAAAUACUACUUUGAUCCACAAGGUAGGAGGGAAGCGGUCGGUAAGGAAUUCUACAAGGCGUUGGAUACUGGGGUAGACCUUUACACGGAGCGACGAGAACAUACGAGUCACUGUGUCUUUCUGUUUCUUAGCUUGGGGCAAAUCAUCCGGGAUGCCACGCCGUAUCCACCCAUUCUUGUGCAAUACGAACACGUACUGCACUGUUCGGAGAUGGUUCUGAAGGCGCUCAGGCGGGAUGAAGAUUGGCAUAAGAUAGAUACACAUGUAGGGAAUGUCUCGUAUGAUGUGGUAUGUUAG